AUGGCCGCGAAGGAGGGACAUGUGAGCGGAAUACUUACGCAAACAUCGCCUGAUGUUUGGCCGACGGAUGAAACUCAGCAAAGUCUGGGCUCAGAAUUGGCGAAUGCCUCUGGGGAUGAGAAGCCCGCGCACGAAUUCAAUGAGCAGACUAACUAUGUUCGUCCAAGAGUAAUCAUCACGAUCUUUCUGGCUUGCGCCAGCGUGGACCUUGUGGCUCUUAUGGACCAGACCACACUGGCUGCCAGCUUGAACAUCAUCGGCAACUCGCUUAAUGCCAGCAACCAGACGGCUUGGAUUGCUAGUGGGUACUUCAUGUAA